GUCAAAUAAAAUUCUAUUAUUUAUUUGUUUAUUUCAUCAGUUUCGUAAAUAUCUAUCUAUAAGGCCGUGAAUAAUGUCACCAAUAUUGUUGAAGUGUAUUUUAUUUGCGUCCGUUUUAAAAGGUUUCUGCGUAGAUUUAGACUACUACGUCGAUUACGAGAAUGAAAAAUACGAAAACACAGAGAUAUCACUAGAUUCGCGUAAAUCUGGUGAUAAUGAUGAAUUAUUGCAUAACAACAGGUCACUUAAUAAUGUCGUACAACAUACUGAAUGCGUUGGUAAUAACAACUCAAGUAUACUAAAUCCUAAUAGAAUUUUGGCAAACAAUACAUCUGUUGUGAACGAAAGCCUUAUAAAGAAAUCACAGACGAUUGAAGAUAUAUCUUAUAUAAGAAAUUCGACAGAUUUGAUUCAAAAGUUAUAUUUUUACGACUUUUUUGAUUAUCCUUCACCAACAUUUCAACAUGUUGAAAAUAGUACAAAUAUUGCUUUUCAUGCCACUGGUACUAUUUUUCAGAAUGGCAAGGAUAAUAACUAUAAUAGCGCUGAAGGAAACAGUAUACUCAAUUUCAAAAAUUUGCAACCAGCCGUUGUUAAAUGGCCAAUCAACCAAAUCAAUAAUGAUGUUUUGCCAGUAAACCGAAUCAAUGCUAACGUAUGGUAUGUUGCAGAAGACUAUCCAUGUUGGAACUUACCAAUACUAUACGGUAAAUUACCAGAAAGAAAGAGGGCUUCCUCUGUAUUUUUCACGAAGGGACAACUAUUAGAAAAUGUCAUUGAUGACGGACUUCAAAUACCACAUGAUUCAAUUUCAUAUACUAGAUGGCGCUACCAGAGAAGUAACAAGUGGUGUCAAGAUGAACCGUGCUACGGUGACCAUACGCUAUGUUUGUUUCCAAUUAAAAAGAAUUCUGCUAUGUGUGACAAAAACUACGCAGUGGUAGCACCGAAUAAUAAUGAAAGGAUCGUCUUAGUCAAUACUUUGAACUCAAUGCGAAACGAGAUUGCCCGUGGAACAUCUAAGGACUAUAAACAUUUGCCUACUGCCGCUAACAUGAAGCAAAUUAUGUAUGACCAAGAUUUGGAAAAAAUGGCAAAGGCGUGGCUCCAGCAGUGCUUGCCCGGUCAUCCCCCGUGUUCAGCACUCGGAUCUAACUAUGUCACGCAACUAGAAUGUACAAGAUAUGGAAAUGAUUGCUGUAUAUAUAACAAAAAAUAUAAUUAUGGAUCUAAAUGGUAAAAUUUUACAAAAUAUAUUAUUGAAGUAAAAUGUUUUCAUAUUUUAAACUGUUUCUUUAUCUUUAAGCGUACCUUUGCCGGAGUGUUUCGUGCCUGCAAUCGUUGGUUGUGUCCAUAUUUGGUUUUUAAGCGCUGCUCGGAAAUUGAAUAAACGUGAUAUUGAAUGCGGACAUGUAUCAGCGUCAACUUUUCAAACAAUACAAAUACUUCGGGCUAAUACUGAUCGUAUAGGAUGUGCGUGCGGUAAGAAAACAAACGGUGAUGUAAGAGUAGUCUGCAAUUUUGCACCAGGGGCACAUUUUUACAUAGAAACAAAAUUAUAUUGUGGUUUUAUUCAACAUGAAGAUCUCAU